CAAUGCAGCAGUCAUGCAGUUUAGAUAACAUUUUGAACUUGAACAGCGCCCCACUUUUUAAUCGACCCCCGUGUGCACGUUCACGUGUCAAACACCUGAGCGCGUGGCCGUGAGACCUAGGCGCGUGCUGUGAGCGACAUACAGGUGGUCGGUGUUUUCAGUGGCAGAGGAGGAGCAGAGAUGGAUAAACACGCACAUUCAUCAACAAACUUUGAACAUUUGAAACCUCUCUCUGUGUAUUGUAAGGAUGCAAGAUUGGUCACUUGUGAGAAUGCUGUUCUCCAUUCCCCGAAAAAGGCCUCAAACUCAUUCAUAAAUUUUAAAAUUGAGAUCUUAAACAAUUGUGCCAUUAAACGAAAAUUAGAUGAUUCUAGUCCAGAUUUCGAUUAUGAGACUCCAGUGAAAAGGCCCUGCUCUCCAAAGGAUCUGUCCCCAGACCUUGGCUGUUUCAUGGACGACUGCAGUUCAGCGAGACAAGACUCCCCUUUUGUGAUAUCUAUACCCUCAUUGCUUGAUAACAACAUUCAAGAUAAAGACACUGUGAGCUCUCAGCUACACUUGGAGCAUGUGGAAGCAGAGCCAGGGGUUGAUAAGGGGAUUGUACCACACACUGUGAGGUCUGAGAUGGUCCUCCAAAAUCUUGCACCUGCCUUUGACUGGGAUGUUGAUGACAUCUUGUGCCUACAUCCCUCAAGCCCUGAUCCUGAUUUAGGAUAUUUUGGCCAUGUAGAGGAGGUUGAGCCACUCUUAAAUCCCUCCAUGGAAAACCGGCAAGAGUUGGAUAGAGGAGAUGGACCAAAGGAAGAAGGACAAAUGGAGAAAAAAAUGUAUAUGAAUGUAAAUAAUAAUAUAGAAGACAAUGUAGAAGAGGAUAAGGGUUAUUUCUCAAUGUCAUACUUAAACGAUCUUAAAAUGGGAAAGAACCCUUCUCAGUCGAUAUGCCCCCAGAUGCCUCUGGUUAGUCCCCUGCUCCAGAUAGGUGAAGCUGAGGCACCAGAGAAGGAGAGCCCUCCUGAAAGUUCAUCUGAACCAGCUCAUACACCAGCUGCGUUGUCUGGACAGGACAUUUCCUUUAAAGUUAGUGAUUUGUGUCCUGUUGUAACUGGGCCACUAUUGCAGUCAGAUAACACACCUGUAGAGCAUCUACAAGGUGAUGUUGAAGAGGUUUGGACUAUUGGAUGUCCUAUAUUGGAAUCCUCCGUAUGUCAGGUCACACUUGGUGGAGAGGACAUCUCUUUGAACACCACGUAUGAGACAACAUUACCCCUCCAAGUUAAGGUAAAAUCUGUUGUGGUGGCUGUCAGUCAGCAAACCUCCAGCGGCAAAGCAGCAUCUUCUCUGCCAGAGCAAAGCGCUAAAUCCAACAAACUGAGCCCAGAUGAGAACAGACAGUCAGAGACUGCCAGCAGUGCCAGGAGUCAAAGGCCUUCAGUCUUUGACAGGGAGGUGGACUGGGAGCGUGAAAAACGGCUGUAUGUUCAUUCGGUGACCAGACACAUGAAAGAACAUCAAGGAGCAAAUAAUGAUUGCAUGAAUGAGCUGCAGAGCCUGAUGACCCAUGUGGCUGACCAGACACCAGGUGGUGAUGGCCAACAGUGGCAGCAUCCCUCUGACUUCACACGCAGGAACUACCAAAGACGGCUUGGGAUCCAAAUGCCAAAAAUGACCCUCAAAGAAUGGCAGGCCAAAAAUUGUACAACACACAAGCGCUUUGCCAAGGUUCCAAAAGUUUUUCAAAGGAGCCAGUUCCCCUGAUUUAGCAGACAACCUGGAAUUACACUUCACUUUACAAGAAUUGAACAUGCUGGACUCUUGUUAUACUAGGUACAGUUGGGGCCUCAUUUCAAAUUUUGCACUGCUCUUAGUUGAAUUUGUGGUGUGUGUUUUUCGUUCGCCAAUUUAAGUGUUGCUCUAUAUAUUUUUUUUCUAAUAUGCAUGUCCCUGUUUAAGAAAGUUAAUGCAUGUUUUAAGGGGUUUUGAUGUUGUGAAAAUGAUGCUAAGAAAACGCACUUAAAGGUUUCAAUCAUCUUGAAUGCCUUGCCUGUUUUACUGUGUUUGAAACUGUCUCUUUUAAUGUGUAUUUAAGUAAGUUUUGUACUUCUGCUGUUUGAAAUGUUGGAGUAAUCCCCAUUCAUGUUUAAUUGGGAUGUGAUUACAACAGUUCUGGCCUUUAAUGACAAGUCUCUUAUCUGUUCCUGUAGAUUUAUUUGCCUCUUUGGCCCAUAAUGGCUUAACACGUGUUUCUGAAAAGUAUUCUGAAAAUGAUAAUAGUGUUGAAAAUGAUAAAACUCAUCAAGUGUCCUGUUACAUUAUCCAUCCUUGUACAACUUGUCAAGCCAAGUGUAUGAAUUGGAUGGGAAAAGUUGGUUUGAGGUAUAGUUUGGGACAAAGAAGAGUAAUUUGUUAUGUAAGUGUAUUAUGUAAUCCAAGAAAUGUUUACCAGGAGACUUUGUUGUCAUCCAGUCCUGCUUUAAGAUUCAUGUUAAAAAAAAAAAAAAGGACAUCCCUGCACUCAUAAUUGAGGAAAUUUUUAUUCUACACUGGGACAGAAAAGUUUUUUUUGAGCCCCGCACUUUGGCACAUGUACUGAUUGUUUAGGUCUUUUCACACACAUCAUAUAAACAUUUCUCAACCAUCUAAAUUGUAACAUCCUGACAAAUCUGGAUAAUCCUCAAACCUUUUGACUACUUUCAUUAUACCUUUUGGAAUUCAAUAGUUAUCAGUGAAAACUGUUCACAACAAUGGAUUAUAGCAACCCAGAAACCCUGCUUUUCAGCUCUUCAAAAGUAAUUUUAUGAGCACCAAAAACAAAACUAAUUUGCACCUCCUUUUCUGAGAUGUCAGCAAGAGCGUCAGUGGUUGAUAUUUCAAACCCUAACCAAUAAACUAAACGUGACCACAAAGGGUUUACAUGGUAUAAUGUUUUAAGUGAUUUGUGUGAACUGACCUUUUUAAUUGUAUUGUAGAGCAGCAGCGAGUACAGUGUACUCUCAGCUGCUUGGAGGAUUCUCCGCUCUGCGGUCUCAUUAAACCCUGUAACGUAAGAAAAGUGUAAGUGCCACAGGCGCUGAGUGGAGAACUUGGCCCCUAGAGUCAGAGCAGGGCUGUGUUUGUGUGGGGGCGAGAUAGUGCUGCUGAUGAAGUACUCAUAAUAAAGCCUAGCCUGUUCAACUUAAACUAUAGCUGUUGUCCCCUGUUAAUGUUUGGUGAACCUUUGUCAGCUUUAUUCUGACUUUACUUUUGGAGCGACUUGAGUGCCCUGCACAGGUACAGGCUGACCCCAGGGAGCCCAAAUACAUGGAACUUAUCAGCAUGGGGCCCAUUCGUUGAAUAAUGCAGGCUGUUAAAGUACUCCUGUCUGUACAGAUAGUGGGGCAGCCUGUCCCUGGCCAGCCAUCCAGAAGGCGGAGGUGUGUGGGUGUCAGUAGAGUCCUCGUGACACAUGCUGUGCAGACUGCGGGGCACGUGUGCAGCAGAGCAGCUGCAGCACGGCUCUACACCUUCAACAAGGUUUAGCUCCUCCAGAGUCAUUAGAAGGAUCUUGUCUGUGUGGAAGCUGCUUGUGUUUAUCCGACAUGCUCACAGUUCUUCUGCGACAGUGUUCGGUUUUGUCAAAACAGAGUGCACUGCUGAAAACAACAACUCUUCAAAAAAAAAAAAAAAAAAAGUAAAGCAUGUCAUUUCAGCAGCUAAGUCAAGCCAACGUUUGCUCUUGUUUCGGUGCAUAAAUAUGUCUAAUGUGGGACUUGAGUAUGAUCCAAGUGAUUUGUUGUGUUUUGCUAUUUAAGUCUCAUUGAUUUCAAACUCAUUAAGAAUUCAGGCACGUUUUCUGCCACAAGCUGCUGACUCGACAGUAAAUGUUCUUGCCUGAAACCAUGUUGGGGAAAUUUUUCAGGGUUUAUGUCUUUCUCAGGCACAACUCCAUUCCUCCAGUAACAGUAAGACGGUCAAUUGUAGGUCUGUGUGUUUCUUUGAUGGAGAGAACUCUGACAGUUGAAGCCUGGGGUCCACAUGUAUUAUUCACUAAAGAAUAAGCCUGUCUUCCUUGGUUCUGUAAGAGUUUUCUUGGAAAUAUUUCACCACCCUGACUUUUUGUCCAGAAAGGUUUAGCUUUGAAUGUCACCAUUUAAACGUCAUUGUGCACAAUUAAGAUCAUACACAGACGAUUUGGAAAAUAUUAGAUAUUUUAUUGAAGCAUACACAAGUAAGCAUACACCAUAGUCUUCAUAAUUGAAGCUGUGUAACCUUGUGCAUAAUAGUUAAACCAUGCUAGCCCUCAUUAAGCAAUGACUCCUGUACACUUCAUAGAAUGAAUAUAAACAUGAUAGCACUAAUAAAGCAGUUUAUUUUUCUAAACCAUGCUUCUUUGCCAAUCUCAUUUCUGCAUGUCAGGAACGCAUAAUGAAAUAGUCCCAACUACUGGGUGACAUCACAAUGUCUUUCUGUUUCCAGGCGUGUUUGUAGUAUAAUACAAUAUACACAUUGUGUAAGUUGUUUUGAAAAAUCAACUCUUUUUACUGGCCUUUUUCGCUUCAAAAUAAUCUGUUACUGCUACCAAGCAUAAAGUAUUUG